UCCCGAGGGUUGCAGACCCUUGAUUUUACACACAGCCAGCGUAUCAAAAACAACAACUAGUUGGGGACACUCAAAACGUCAAAUAGUGACUCGAAGAGGUUCUAAACCAAACGUCCAUAUUUGACGACUUGGGAAUGAGAAUGUGUUGCACUGGCAGCCGUAUAUAUUUUCCCCAUCCUUUAUAUUCCAUUUUUAUGCACUUAUCCUUGAUUAGCAACACUUUAGUCACGUGCUCCAUGUGUGUCGUCUAGCAUACACAGCUGUUGAAACAAGACGCAAGAUAUCUAACUUGAAUGGUCAAACGCUGUGGACCUCUCAGCGAGAAUCUGGUGUAUUUUUGUAUGGGGUUUGUUACUAGUGUUUACCGCCCUUACACCUACAUCUACGGACAGCGCCCGCUGUCAGUACCGUGCUGUCACAGCACUGGAAUGUCAGUACCGUUCAGCCUCAACAAGUACCCUAUUCUUGUGGCUGUUUGUGAAUCAGCAGCAGAUGAAAAAAAUGCUAUUGAAAAACAAUUGUAUUUGUGAUUAGAAAAUAUCGUGGGUGGGCCACAAGCUCCAUGCUCCGCCCCAUUCAGAUGCUUCUACUUGUAGAUGACUAGACCCAUGUUUUUUUUUAAUUUGUUUUUCUUGUCCAAGUUGGCAUCUUCCUUAAAGCUUUAUACCUGGAUAACUUCAGUAUUGUUCACCAUUUUAGUUGGUGGUGUGAGGGUAUGUAAGCUAGCAGGAGAGCAUGUAAACAGAGAGCUCUCAGCAAGGCCAAGAGUCCCACCCACAUGAGCCUAUUUAUUUAAAAAGCAAAAAAAAAAAAAAAGUCAAAUGUUAAGUCGCACUGUCCACCAAGCCACGUAAAAAAAAUGCCAAGAGGUGGCUGUGGGCCCCACAAGCCUCCCCUCUGGACACGCAGCUGCUUGCCCUCCUCUACCUUCCCAGCAUGCUCCUCUUCCAAUUCCUCCUCGCUUCCGAGCAUGACUCACAUGUGCCCUCCCCCUUCCUCCCUCACCAGGACUGCUCCUGCGUCUCCCACGCUCAGGUCCAGCCCAUGGACAUAGAGGAGCGCUAUGAGGACACCAGCCUCCAGUUCCUGAGCUGUGACGGUUCCAAAUUCACUCUGCAAGGACCUGCGGGGGGCGAUGACAUCACAGGGCUGUCUGCAGAGCCCGCCCACUACCAGCUGUUGUCUGAGCUGGGAAGGGGCUUCAAUAAUCUGAGCCAGGUGAAAAUGGCGCGUCACAUUCCGACAGGGCAGCUUGUGGCGCUCAAGCAGACCAACUUGGAUGAGUGCACGGAGGAGGAGCUGCUGCAGCUCAUGAACGAGGUUCUGCUUUCCCGUCUCCUCCGCCACCCGAACCUGCUGACCUCUCGCCUGGUCUUUAGCUCCUGCUGCCAGCUGUGGGUCUUGACACCCCUCAUGGACUAUGGAUCGGCAGACACUUUACUGCGGACUCAUUUUCCAGAUGGAAUGAGUGAAUCCCUGAUAGCUUACCUGCUGCACGGUGUGCUGAAAGGCUUGGAGUACCUACAUCGGAGAGGCUACGUUCACCGGGGAGUGAAGGCCAGUCAUAUCCUGCUGUCAGGGGCGGGGCGCGUCUACCUCUCUGGACUCUACAGCGUUUACAGCAUGAUGCGGGACGGGAAGAGGAUGAAGGCCGUGUUCGACAUGCCGCACCACAGCCCGGCGCUGCUGCCGUGGCUCAGCCCUGAACUGCUGCGGCAGGACCUGCACGGCUAUGGAGUGAAGUCAGACAUCUACAGUCUGGGAAUUGUAGCCUGUGAGCUGGUCAGCGGGCGAGUGCCUUUCCAGGACAUGCCGCCCACUCUGAUGCUGCUUCAGAAGCUCCGCGGCUCCCACUGUUGCCUCCUGGAUGUGGCUCCUUUCCCGCUGGGAGAGCUGGGGGGACUAAAGGUGUCGCGAUCUGGGGUAGACUCGGGCAUCGGCGAGAGCGUGGCCACGGGGAGUCUGUCCCACAGUGCCACUGCGCCUCCUGCAGACAGACCUCAAAGCCCGGGACCCAAGAACCACUCGGCCACCCUGCACAACCUGGUCCAGCUGUGUCUCCAGCAGCAGCCUGAGCGCAGACCGUCUGCAUUUGAACUGUUGAGCCACGCCUUCUUCAAACAGGUGAAGAAGCACACCAGAGACUCCUUCCUCAGUCUCAUAUACCCAGCGGUACCCCUUACAAGCCCCGAAGACUCACCAGUGUCCAGUCCUCCCUGCCUGUCCUGUCACCCCACAUCAUCAGCUGCCGGCGACACAGUAGAGGGUGUAUGGGACUUCUCCUAGGCCUUUCUCACCCCAUGGUCCUCUUGACUAGCAAUCCAAACUAAAGACAAUCAAAGAAAAGCAACAAGGCCAAAUUCUACUGUGCUUUUAUUUUUUAGUUAUAUGUUCUUGACAAACUGAGCCUUUUGCAAAUUAACAGUUUUAUAUAUUUUUUAUAUGUUUUCCUGAUGCUUUGAAGACAUUGGGGGAUGGAAGCCACUGUGAAAGUGCUGGAUCACAGAAGCUGCUCUGGUCACACAGCAAGGAUGUCAGUAAUAAUGGUGGAUUAGUGACGAACGAUCAUGUUCUUCCUGUCACAUGAAAGGUAUCAAUAACUCAAAGAAAAAGUCAACUUUUAAACACUUUUUGACUACACUUUUUAGGGGAGGAGUCAAUGCAUAAUGUUCUGCUUGCAGAAUCUGUACAAAAAGUAAUAUUUCAAAAGCUUGAUUUAUGAUUCUGUGUUGAGUCAGGGUAAGAGACUCCAACCAUUUUCAGCAUGGACAUUUAUGCUGUUUAUUUCACUCGAGGUGACAGUAUGUCUAUUAAGCAUUAAAUGCUAACUAUCAUUACUGAUAGUUAGCAUGCUGAUGCUAACUGAUGGUUGUUCUUUUGAAAAAAAAGAGUUCUUACACUACUUUAUUUAAUAAUUAGCAUUCAGCCGGUUGGAGUCGAGGUUUGGAGUUUGUGUUCAGAGUGAUGCUACGUACACACCGGGCAUGUGAUGCACGUUCAAGAAGGCGCUAAGUAGGCAAUGUUGAACGUGCUUUUAGCGUGAGGUGUUCACACUGGACUGUCGCUACCUGAUACUAGUACUUGUACUUGCAUUUGGAAGAGGCUUAGUAAAAAUGUAUGCAAAUCUUGCAAAUUUUGCCCCAGGCUUCUUCCGAUACAUGAAAGAAUUUUGGGAAUAGAACCUUGUGGUGGAGUGUCUGUCCUGAGACUUUAAGGUCGUAAGUUCAAAUCCAGGCAAAGUCAUAACAAAGACUCAAGAAAUGGGACCUAAUGCUUCCCUGCUUGACACUCAGCACAAAAGGGUUGGUUUGGGGGGGUUAAACCACCACAUGGUUCCCAAGCGCAGCUGUGUCUGCAGUUAACCACUCCCCCGGUGGAUGGGUCAAAUUUGGAGAAAAAAUUUCACGCAACUAUGUGCUUGACAACUAAUGGAACUUUAACUGUAAUUCUAGGCAGGCACAAGUUGGAAUUUUUUUUUUUUUUUUUCAAGAUCACUUCUCAAAUGAUUGCCUCACAGUUCAACUGGCUUAACUUUUGACUUGUGUUUUGUUCGUAGAGCUAAAAACAAACUUAAAAAUGUGUGUAGCAAUACGAGAAUUUUGAACGUGGAAGCCCGAAACACACAUAUAUAUGUUUGUCAACAUUCUCAUUGGAAACAGUCGCUUAAACACGCAUUUCUGAGCCCGGUGUGAACGUAGCAUUAAACUUUUUUAGCUAAUACACAAAUACCUGCUGAUGUAGCAUGCUAACAUUGGCAGCUUAUUGCAAUAUGUUUCCACUCAUGAAACAUUUCAAUUUACCUCAAUGACUCCUCGAUGUGGAAUUCUAAAGUUUGAAUUUUUAGUGACGUUUGAAACUUUAUAGCGCUUACGGUAAACACUAGCAUUCAUGUAAUGUAUGUAACCAAAGGUGUUUGUUGUUUGUGAAGCCCUAGGGUGUAACUGUUGAAAGAUGCACUCAAAUGUGUAUCUGACAUUGAUGCUGUUCCUUUUAAAAGUCUUAGCCCUAUUUGAAUUGAAAACUGAGUUUUUAGCUAGCAAAGUGUAGCAGCAACAACAACAACUUUAGCUUCAAUUGUCAACAUAGUUGUUUUUUGCAAGGAAAAAUUCUGCAAAUUUAGCUAUUUUUAAGGAUCCAGUCAUAUUUUUUUUGUCAGAAAAAAAGAAAGUAAUGAGUAGCUUUAUUAGCUAAAGUGAUAUAAGUGCUCAUGUAGCAUUGUGAGUGCGGCUAACAACAGUUAGCAUUGGCCAUAGCUUGUCUAAACGGGUUAGUUUUGACGUAGAGGCAAAUAUUUUACAGGAAGUGGAGGAGUUUUUUAGGGUUUGAGUUGGAUUGUGGUGCAAAGUAGACGAGCUAGCUAGAGUUCUGUAUUGUUCUAAAAAGAUCUAUAAACUUGCAAUAACUUAAAGUAAAAUGACACCACGGUUAAUAGCUUAUGUAUUUAGACUGUGAAUUUUAAAACGUACGUACCUAUUAUUCAGUUUUUUUUAAAUGAAGGUCUUCAAACUAUGAACUGAAAAAAAAUAUAUAUAUACACAUAUAUGAACAUAUUUUAUUUUUAAAAGUUUUUUUUAAUGUGCUAAAGUCUCAAGCCUUUCCUCAUUUCUUUAUGUUUUGCAUUAAUUUGUAAAGUGACCUUAGACAUUAGCUUUCCAGGUAUCCUAAAGACUUUUUUGUUAAAUUACAAGUGGAAAAAAAUGGUUUCAGUGAAAGCGUAGUUUUUUAAAUUGAAAAACGAAGCGAUAAACCUAUCUGACGAGUUCUGCACAUGAAUAAACCGAGUCUACUCAUAGUAGUUUGUGCACAUGAGCCAAAUCCACGCUGGGAAAAACUUGUGAACAUUUUAACGUUAAGUGUAAUGUUGUUGUAAUAAUGUUAGAAAUAAUUUGUCAUCCUGCUCUGAUAAAAUGUGAUAUACAAGUGUCCCUGCUGUCCUCUGUUAUCCAACAAUGCCUUUAUGCUGUACCUGCAGACUAGCGCAUUCUCUCUGUAACUGUGAUUAUGUGUUUGGUAAACGACAGCUGUGAUUUGCAGUACAUAUCAACUAUUGUAGCUGUAAUAAGCCUUAAAUAUAGUCAUAUACUAUAAACACACCCGUAUGUGAGUUUCGGUAGAUCAUGUUGAGUGUUUUUUUUUAUUGAGAUAUUGUUGGUGACACACUUUGGUUUUAAUAACAGCAGCUAAAACUGCCUUGCAAUGAGCCAACACCUUAUUAUUACACACGUGAAAGGUUAAAUAGCCUAUAUUUAGUUACUUCUCAUAUACAAAGUCUAUAUGUAAGCAUCAAUGUUUUACACAAUUAGAAAAAAAACAUGAAAUAAACCUUUUUUUGAAAACUA